UAAUGACUGAAUCCUACUAGACUAUAUGGAGUCUGAGAAUGAAGUAAUAGCUUUAAACUCUACAUAGAGCACUCUAUCCAACAGGGACCCAUUUCCUAUUACUAAUUGAAAACGCGCUCUCUCGUGGCUCCACCCACCACGCACGCUCGAGCCAAUCAUAUUAUCCUCCUUGGCGUCCGUAGGCGUGGCUAACCGCGUCGGUCUGUGAAAGGUAACAGGUUGUAUCUGGCGAGCGGUUUACUCACUCAGGGCUGGAUUUGUGUUAUGGAAGCCGUCCUUGAAUCGCAUUUAAUGACGGAGAACCCCAGAAGUGGACAGAAAACGCAGCACUGAGCGACUUGUAGACUUCACACCCCGACUGUAAGUGGCAUGUCUGCAUCAGCCUCGGGUAGAAAAACCCCAGUGGAUUACGGGGUUCAGAUCCGCUUCAUAAAUGACCUGCAUGAUACAGGAGGUGGAGGCGGAGGUGGGGGGCGUCGAGACGGCUCGGGGAAAUCCUCGUCCCGCUACGGCGUGGCUGUCAGGGUGCAGGGCAUCGCAGGCCAGCCGUAUGUAGUGCUCAAGGAUGGAAAGAAGGGAGACUCUUAUGGAGUGCAGCUCCGAACCCCAAGUUACAACAGCUUACCCAGGAGGCGGGAGGAUGGCACAGAGGAUGGUCAGUAUCUUUCUACCCCAGACGGCAGCGUGUUGCGGCGCGCUCAGUCUCACGGCUCUCUGCUGGACCGAGAGAGCGACUACGACAACCCCGUAAACGAGUUUAGGCGCCCUAACGGAGACGGACGCUCUGGCAGCUACGGCAACUUGGACAGCGGGAUCGGCGUCGGGACGGAAAGGAACCGGUGGGGUGGCUCCCACCAAGCAGGGCUGAACGGCUCUUUAGAGAAUGAAAAUCGGAGGGCAGUAAACAACUACUACGAAUCUUCUUCCGACGCUGUUAAGCCUCCGCCUGACCGACGCGCCAGACCUGGAGGAAGCAAUUCCGCUGGGCAAGCCGGCGUUGUCGGAGGCUCCUCCAGGGGGCGCGCUCCUGGUGUCAAGGCAGGAAACGGGCCUAAUGCUUCAACUGCCGUCCUUUCCUCUGCUCAGUUGGUGCCUUCAGAUGAAUACGCUCCUCCACCAACGUCCUCACCUGCUUCAGGUUACAACAGACCGAGCCGAACCUCCGGCUCUAUGGCCAAGGUUGCAGUCGCGCCUUCCUCAGGUUUAAGUAACGAGUGGUCAGCAGUAGAUGCACAUGUGACUCCUGAUCUUUUGAUGGAUCAAAGUCAGAGCUCGGGGUCAGAGUUCAGCAGCGAGGAGGAUCAGAUCCAGCAGAUAGUCUAUGGUGUUUUGAGACAGGGGAGCAGCGAUAGCGAAGCUGCAAUUAAACGCAGAGUCCGAGUCAUCUGCGAUAAGAUCCAGGGGCUCAAGGUGAACAAAUCCGACCUCGUACUUAAGGCAGAGCUGGAACAAAGUCUGGAUGAAAACAUCAAUCUGCAGGAGCAGCUGAGCAGGAAGAAGAUCGAGUUAGAUCAGACACAUUCUGAGAUGAUUCAGUUACGUAUGGACCGGGAGAAUGCAGAGUCUCGUGUCCGACACCUUGAGGACCAACUGACAGGGCUGCAAGAGGAGCUGAGGAGAGAGACGGGCAGCAGAGCGGAGAUCGACGCGAUGCAGGCGGAGUUGCUGGCCCUGCGCAACGAACUGGCUGAAAUGGCAGCUCGGCAUCAGAGACAGGAGGACACGCUGAGACAGAGAGAGCGGGAGCUGACCGCACUGAAGGGCGCCCUGAAGGAGGAGGUGUCCACCCAUGACCGAGAGAUGGAAACUCUUCGACAGCAAUACAGCCAAGACAUGGAGAAACUAAGAACCAGCAUGGCACAGGUUUCACAGUCUCAGGUAAACAUAGAAGCAGAACGGCAGCGUGUGAACUCUACAGUGCGCUCCUUACAGCAACAGCUGGAGGAGAACAAAGAGGAAUGCGUCCACUGGAAAGAGCAGUUCCAGAGCACCAGAGAUGAGCUCCGCAACACCAAACAAGAGCUUCUGCAGGCUCGUUUAGAUAAAGAAGAGUUUGAAGAGGAGCUAAAGGAGCUGCAGGAGAUUCUGAACACGAUGAAACAUCAGAUCCCCGAUAGCAAGCAAAGUGAAACUCUCAACCAGGACCUGGAGCGUAGCCGUGUAUCCCUGAAGCAAGCAGAAGCCGAGAUAGAGAAACUAAAGCGGGACCUUGACAAGAAGACUAUGGAGAUUAUCUCAUUGAAGAGGACGAUUCAGGAGCUGGAUGCCGAGCAAAAAUAUGAAAUCGACAGGCUAAAGGACCAGUCACGGAAAGAUAAGGACGAGCUGGCUAAAGUUCAUGAGAAAACCAAGCAGCUCGCCGAUCCUGCGUUGGUGGAAUCUCUGCGUGGGGAAAUGCGUGCGGUGAGCGGAGAGGCGGAGCGGCUGCGCAGUCAGCUGCUUUUGGCUGAGGAGGAGCUGCAGAAAGAAAGGGAGAGAAUCGCUUCAUCCAAAACAGAAAUGAACACUGUCUCAAAUGAACGAGAGGCACUGGAGGAGGCUAACUCGCGCCUCAAAGACAAGCUUGCACGUCUGGAGUCCACGCUGCAGGAGCAAGUUUCGCAGAACCUGGAGGCAGAGCAAGAGCUGCAGUUGGAGAACAGGAAGUUGAGGCAGCAGUUGGAAGAGACCAAACGCAGCAGCAGCAAAGUGAGCCAGGAAAGAGACGAACUGUCCCGAGCGUUAGAGGAGCGAGACAGGGAGAGGGAUGCUCUCCGCAAGGACAACACACAGCUGGACGAGCAAAAGAAGCAGCAUGAGAAGAUUGUGGACAAACUCAACAAAGAGAUCGAGCGGUUGACUGCUGAUUCGAGUGCGUCUGUGCGGCUGGUACAGUCUCAGUUCGACGAGCAGAAAGAAAAAUGGAAGAAGGAGCAGCAGGACCUGCAGAAGAUCAACAAGGAGAAAAUCACUGAGCUGGAAAAAAACCAGAUCACUCUGCGUUCUCUCCAGGAGGAGUUGUCCCGUGUGAAGAAAGAGCUGCAGUCGUACUGUGAGGAAAAGGAUGAUGCUGUUCUAGACAGAGAGAUGUUAAUCAACCGCAUCAAACACCUAGAGGGAGAACUGGAGAGUCAGCGCAGCACAUUCAACGAUCGCACCCGUGACAUCCGCAGCAUGGAGGAUAAAGUGAAGCGCUUGGAACUGGAGCUGGAUGAGGAAAAGAACAGUGUGGAGCUUCUGACGGACAGAGUCUCCAGGAGCCGAGACCAGAUUGAGCAGCUGCGUUCCGAGCUAAUGCAGGAAAGAUCAUCCAAACAAGACCUAGAGCUGGACAAAAAUUCCCUGGAGAGACAGCUAAAGGACUAUAAAUCCCGUAUAAAAGAGAUGGAGGGCCAGUCCCGUAGUUCCACUAAUGUUUCUCAGCUCGAGAGCAAACUACAGGAUUUGGAGGAGCGACUGCGUAAUGAGGAAAGAGAUAAAAAUGCAGCACUGUCCUCACAACGCCGCCUGGAGAGGAAGCUGAAAGAGAUGUCCAUGACUCUGGACGAGGAUAGACAGCAGAUAACUGAGCAGAGAGAUCAGCUGACACUGCGUGUGAAGGCAUUGAAGAGGCAGGUGGAUGAGGGAGAGGAAGAGGUGGAGAGGUUGGACGGACUGCGGAGGAAAGCAGUGAGAGAAAUGGAGGAGCAAAUGGAACAAAAAGAGGCGCUACAGACUCGAGUCACAGCACUGGAAAAUGAACUCAAGAGGAAGAUCCAGCAAGCCCGACAGUUAUCCGUGGCUUCUCCAGGUCUCAGCUCGGAUGAUGACGACGAAGGCCUGUUUGACUCGUCCACCAUCGCCUCCAUCCUCACAGAGAGCAAUCUGCAGACCAGCUCCUGCUAGUAGAGGGUGAUCUGAGGUGAAGUGCACUCUGAGAUGAUGUGGGUGAAAUGAGCGUUUGAGUGACAGCAGUAAAAUGAGCGACUCUUUACACAGGCGGGAUUAGGGCAAGAUUGAUUUGAUUUUGCGGCAUGUCUUUGGGUAUGUAGUGGCUCCGUUGUAGAUACUGGAUGUCAUAGUACAAUUUAUACGAAUUAAACGAGCCUCAUGAAGACUCGGGCAUGCGCUGUACAAACAUACAUACGUACAUACUGUACAAAGACUAAGAGCUGAAUAUCAAUUUUACUUAGCUCGAAGUGUUGUGUAGUUUGCACUUACCGGUAUUCCCAUAUACUAUAGUACUAGCGAUGAGAUGUGACUAGCUGUGUUGCGCAUAAUUGUAAUUUAGCUGCGACUCUGAAAAUCAUCAAGUUAAAUGUUAAGGAAAAUGCAUCUAUCUUUAGAGAUGCCUCCUUUAACUUUAAUAUCAGUGCUUGGGCGUACUCAUGUUUGAUGCAAAUUUGCAUGAAUCCUCAAAUAUUCUUUGACUCUUAAAUUAAUUUCUGGGAUUUCAAAAUAUAUGUAUAUAUUUUAAUCGUAUAACAAUUUUAAACUCACUUGGGAACUUUAGCAAUUCCGGAUUCAUUACGAUCGAUUAGUUUGUUGGUUAAAAUCGAUAUCGGACUGUCGUACGCACAUGAUUUUCUACCAAGACGUCAAUUUUCAGCACAUUAUUUACAGAUUCAUUUUUAAAAAAAUAAAUAAACCAACUGAUUUAUCGUGUAACGAUAUUCAGUGACGCCCGCAGCUGAUAAGUGUAAUUUUGGUAACAGCCGAUUCUGUACGCCAGUCUUGUGAGUUAUUAGAAUGCAGUCAUCUCUACACCGGCUGAAUAUCAUAGCAGUGUAAAAUCAUGUAGGGAUGAAUAGAUUGUUACGAUCACCCAAGCCUAGUUGUAGCUCUACUUUACAAAUCUGCAGAGCCAUUCUGUGCCUUUAUCAACUACAGCUGAGGCAAAAUAUCUGCUUGCGUCUUGGUUCAGCGUAUAUGAGGGGAAAACUCUCGCAAAGAGCGAGAACCUAAUAAAUUGUUUGUGUUUAUAGAUCGCACAAAGACUAUAUACGUCAUUCGAGUAGAGCAGAGUGAGAAAACGCAAAGCUGAAGGCUAUAGAUAAUCCCACCGUACCAAAUUACAGAUAUAAGCUAUCGGUUGCCGUGAGAGCUUCUGAGCUCUGUAAGACUUAACAGAUCUCACGAAACCUGAAUGUAAGAAUAAUACACACUGGGCCUGAGCGUGUUGCACUUUUUACAAUAGCUAAUACACUGAUUAUUUUUUAGACGAAGGGUAUAUUUUUAAACGGCACCACAGUCAAUCCAGGGCACGAUGGAUUGAUAUACUUUUAUAUUGAUGAGCUUGAAUAGUAAAAAAAAUAAAUACAUCAAUCAAAAUGUGAUCCUGUUUAAUAUAUUAAUGCUCCGUUCACUCACAUUUACUAAAAGAGAAGAAUAGCAUGUAUAUAUCAAGGGUAUUAAAGUACACAGUACUGGAAUAAUAAUGUCUAAACGGAGAAAAAGAGCACCAUACACAUACAGUCGCAUCUUAUCUGACUUGCUCAUGAAACUAAGCACGUGCAGCAAAGCUAUUUUUAAUGCAUGCGAUCAGUGUCUUGUCACGAGUGGUUUAAAAUCCACGCUCUUUAGUUUGAGAGUGUUUGUGAUUGUCUCUAAUAUGCGCAGUGGUACGAGUAUAUCUCACAUACUGUAUCAUUAUCCAAAACUUGACCUAAGCAUUCCAGCCGACGUUUCUUUGUGAAACUGAAUCACUUGCAUACAAUUUCAUUAUAUUGUUUCAUCAGAUCUGUUUAGACCAUUGCAUCAAAGCACAAAAACCAUUAUUUGUGUAGUUAUGUAUUUCUUUUGAAUGUUCGAGUGUCUUAUUCCGCUUGACCAAUCAGUGAUCAAAUCAAGUAAAAGCAUUUUAUGAUGUAAUUUGAACGAGAUGCUCGAUCUCUGUAUGUACAGUCUUGUUGUUGAAACAUAAUGGUACAGCCUGAUGCUUUUAAUUGUCUGUUAAAUCUAUGACUUUGUAUUUUUACAUAUAUUUUUAUGAAAAAUAAAUAAACCAUAAGCACGUGUGCACGUU